AUGCCAGAUGCUGCUGCUCACCUGCCCUUUUACUACGGCAGCAUUGCCAGGUCAGAAGCAGAGGAGUACCUCAAGCUGGCGGGGAUGUCGGAUGGCCUGUUCCUGCUGCGGCAAUGCCUGCGCAGUCUGGGGGGGUAUGUCCUCUCCAUGGUCUGCAACCUGCAGUUUUACCAUUACGCCAUUGAGCGCCAGAUGAACGGUACCUACGCCAUUGCUGGGGGCAAAGCGCACUGUGGGCCAGAGGAACUCUGUGAAUUUUACUCCAAGGAUGCCGAUGGGCUCUGCUGCACCCUCCGCAAGCCCUGCAACCGCCCCUGUGGUGUGGACCCCCAGCCUGGUGUCUUCGACAGCAUGAGGGACAAUAUGGUGCGCGAAUAUGUCCGGCAGACAUGGAAACUAGAGGGGGAUGCACUCGAACAAGCCAUCAUAAGCCAGGCUCCACAGGUGGAGAAGCUCAUCGCCACCACAGCCCAUGAGAGGAUGCCCUGGUACCAUGGCAGCAUCGCCCGGGAUGAAGCUGAACGGAGGCUCUACUCAGGGGCACAACCUGAUGGGAAAUUCCUGCUGAGAGAAAGGAAGGAAAACAGUGCCUACGCCCUCUCCCUUGUCUAUGGCAAAACAGUGUAUCACUAUCGGAUAGACCAGGACAAGUCCGGCAAGUACUCCAUCCCCGAGGGGACCAAGUUCGACACGCUCUGGCAGUUGGUGGAGUACCUAAAACUUAAACCAGAUGGGCUGAUUUUCUACCUGAGGGAAGCCUGCCCCAACCCCAACAUGCCAGGUGAGCUGACAUCUCUCAGUGUCAUCCCUGGCCUCGGUUUACCACUAAGCAGACACCUUGGGCCUCUCAAUGCAGAUGGAUACACACCAGAGCCUGUAGGAAAGUCACGCCUGCUACCCAUGGACACCAGUGUCUACGAGAGCCCGUACAGUGACCCUGAGGAACUGAAGGAUAAAAAACUUUUCCUGAAGAGGGACCACCUGAUGAUCGAUGAAGUGGAACUGGGGGCAGGAAACUUUGGCUGCGUCAAGAAAGGAGUCUACAAAAUGAGAAAGAAGCAGAUUGAUGUGGCCAUCAAGGUGCUGAAGAGCAACAAUGAGAAAACAGUGAAAGAUGAAAUGAUGAAGGAAGCCCAGAUCAUGCAUCAGCUAGACAACCCCUACAUUGUCCGCAUGAUUGGGGUCUGCGAGGCAGAGUCCCUGAUGCUCGUGAUGGAGAUGGCUUCUGGAGGGCCACUCAACAAGUUCUUGGCUUCCAAGAAAGACGAGAUUAUAGUCAGCAAUAUUGUGGAGCUGAUGCACCAAGUAUCCAUGGGGAUGAAGUACUUGGAGGAAAAAAACUUUGUCCACAGAGACCUGGCAGCCAGGAAUGUCCUACUGGUCAACCAGCAUUAUGCCAAGAUCAGUGACUUUGGACUCUCCAAGGCUCUUGGCGCUGAUGACAGCUACUACAAGGCCAGGACAGCAGGAAAGUGGCCCUUGAAAUGGUAUGCCCCAGAGUGCAUCCUCUAUCACAAGUUCUCCAGCAAGAGUGAUGUAUGGAGCUAUGGUGUAACCAUGUGGGAGGCCUUCAGCUACGGGCAGAAACCGUACAAGAAAAUGAAAGGCCCAGAGGUCAUCAGCUUCAUAGAGCAAGGGAAGCGCAUGGACUGUCCCACGGACUGCCCAGCAGAGAUGUACGCCCUCAUGCAGCAAUGCUGGACCUACAGAUGGGAAGAGCGUCCAGGAUUUACUACUGUGGAAAACAUAAUCCGCUCCUACUACUACAGUAUUGCUACCAAGACAGAAAAUGGGCCAGAGACAGAGGACAAGUCAAAAGCAGCUCUUCCUUGAGUUUCCCUCUCUCCUCCUGA